AUGGAUUCAACACCUGCGCUAACGGCUUUUUACCACGUCAAUGCGAUCGAAGACUGGAAGUGCUUAAAUAUUGUAGAGUAUUAUCGCUCGAAGGUAGAACAUGUAGAACAAAAGGAUUUGAAACAAGUUCUGGAUCGUAUAAAGAAAGAUCUUCGUUUGGUGGCAAAUUCCAGGUCUGAUUUUGAUGCAACAAGAAGAGGAAAAGCUCAAAAGAUUUUGGACGAUUGGAAGCGCAAGCUGGGACUGCUAGUCUCCAGUGAUGAACUGCUUGUUCGACGCUUAGUGCAAGCUGGGACUCUUAUACUUGCUAAUCAUGUAUGUUGUUUCCAAAAGAAUUGGACUACGCCAGUGAAGAGCUUAAAACAAAAAUGUGCAAACGUCAAUGUUGAGAACCUGCAGAUAAAGAAGGUAAACCAACUUUCAACUGGAAAUGACGCGACACAUAAUUACAAUCGUAUAACAUUGGGAAAACGUCAUCGUGAUAUGAAAGUGAAGAUGGCUAAUAAAAAAAAGGAUGAAGAAAAACCUCCAAAGAAACGUCAUCAAGAAAAAGGGUUAGGAGGCACAUUACCUGAUGGUACCAGGCUUGAAAAGGCGACUCCUCUGAAUCUUGCACCGCCGGACGAUGAAUGUAAAGACAAUGAUCCAUUGUUAAUGUUAACUCCGCCGUACAGUGUUGAGAAUCGGAAAACUUACGAUUUGGGUGAUGAAGUAGAUGAUUUUUUUAAAAGUCCCGCCGAAAAAAAAAAAUCGCCCGGUCCGUCGGAAGAUGAAACGGAUGACGAGGAGGGUGAGAUUAGUCACCAUGCAGAGAAGCAUGAGCGAGAUGAGUUUCCUUGGUGCUCCAAUUGUGACGCGGAGAUUAAUAUUUUGGAUAUCACAUUUUGCCCGUACUGCGGAAAAAAUAUAUUGUCAGAUGAUGAUUCAGAUGAGGAAAAUAUAACAGACGAUAUUGAAGAAGACACGGAUACUCCUCCUAAAGUUGACAAGAUUGCUUUUCACAAAAUGCAUAAUACUAUUCCUAAUGAUGCUAAGUUGAAGUUGAGCACGGGAAAAAUAGUGGAGGACGUUCUUUUCGGAUUUGCAAAAGAUAUGGAUUAUGAACAUCAUGCCCAUUCAUAUAUUGUGGACAUCGAUGAUGAGGAUAUCAAAGCACUAUUCACUGAUUUAGAGUGGAAAGAAUUAACAGAAGAUCGAAUUGGUAUUCCAUCCAUUCCACGUGAUAUUGCACUGGAACUGGCGAAAUAUGGAAAAAAUACCUUAGAAAACUUGCGUACAGCCGUAAUGAAAUCAUAUCUUGAAGAUGGAGAAAAAUAUGACGUCCGUAAACAUUACGAUCAAGAAUGGGUCCAAUUGGCUAUGCAAAUCUCGUGUAUUGAUUUCCUUAUUAGAGACCAUCAAUUGGGAACCGACAUUAAGAGAACCGAUGCACCAUCUUUAAGUAGUGCUAACAGGAAGAAUCGUGGACGGAAAGCGAAUACACGAGCAAGAAAGCUUAUCGGUCGAAAAAUCGAUGGAAUUAUAUAUUCCGUUGAAAGACAUCUUGAAUUUGGGGCAAUCGAGGGAGCCAGAUCCUUUCAAGGAGUUUCAGACCAGAAGUAUCUUCUUGAAAGGUUUAAGAUGCCAAAGACGCUCCGUGACAUGUAUUCAGAAUUGAUAAGGGCUGUAAAUUUUGAUAAUCAGAAAGUAGAAAAAAUUCAAGUCUUUGGCAUAUUACAUUUUGGAUUAUGGAUCCAAUUCACAAGGUUAUGGUGUGCUGGUGGGUCAAUUUGCAUUUUUUGUAAAGAUCUCCCAUCUCAUAAUGUAGAUAGUACAUUUUCAGAAGAAGGGAUAAGAUCCUUUCUCAAGCUUCUAGUAUCAAUUUAUAAGUACAAGAUUAUCAUAAAGAACAAUUUACAAAUCCUAAAUAUUCGGAAUGAUAAUGUCAAUAUUAUGUCAGAGAGUGAGUUGAUAAAUGAAUUGAUAAAUAAUUCUUCACAAUCACGCUCAGUUACUCCACCACUAUGUUCAACUAAAUUCUUUUCUGAUUGCUUCAAGACCCCACGGAAACAAAGGAAACCAAGGAAAAAACCCCCAGCAAAAAAGAGAAAAUUGUAA